CCCAGCAACGAGCAAAAACAACUGGAACCACCCGCACCAGCCUUUAGAGAAGAGGUACAAUAGGCAGUUCCUUCCAAAGAAAUGUCGAUUCCAUUCUCCAACACCCACUACCGAAUUCCACAAGGAUUUGGGAAUCUUCUUGAAGGGCUGACACGCGAGAUACUGAGGGAGCAACCGGACAAUAUACCAGCAUUUGCAGCAGCAUAUUUUGAGAAUCUUCUAGAGAAAAGAGAGAAAACCAACUUUGAUCCAGCGGAAUGGGGGGCUAAGGUAGACGACCGCUUCUAUAACAACCAUGCAUUCAAGGAGCAAGAACCACCUGAGAAAGUUGGGACUGAAAAAGAAAAAUCUCAGACAACUCUGAUAAACGAGACACCAGCCACAGAUUCAGAGUCUUCCGAAGAAGAUAAGGAAAAAGAGGAGAAUGCUGCUAUCAAAAUUCAAGCAGUCUUCCGGGGACACUUAGCCAGAGAGGAGAUGAAGAGAGUAAAAUCAGUUCAUGAUGGAACAGAGGAAGCAGAGGAAGACGAGUGAGGAGACUGGUUUUACCCCAUGAAACAUGAAAAAAUAAUCCAAAUCCAUCAACCUUGAGUGUGAUUGUCAUUUUUUUUCUUUAGUAAGGGAGAUUUGAUGUAGUAAAAUAACAUUUGUUGCUGUUGUGAAAAUCUGUCAUGAGCAUUUGUUUAAUAAACAUGCCACUUGAAACAUGCUACUUGAAAA